UGACACAGUUCGAGCAAUCACACCACAAAAAGUCUCGCCCCCAAGCCCUUCCCUUCGCCAUCUAGAGAAAGUCAAAGCCAACGCCCCGGUUCUUCGUCUUUGGAAGCUGAACUAAUUCAUUUCUGAAGAAUCAGCACUUGUUUACUAACUUCGCCAAAGCCAGCAAACUGCCAUUACGCGCUAAUUUCAAAGACUCUUAAGUUGGAGACGAAAAACCUAAUUGUCUUUAUUUAAUUACAUUUACACUAGUCGUUUUUACCUGAGUUCUGCAACUUUGCAAGAGGAAUAUUUAGCCGUUAUAGCUGGUAAGCUAUACAUUCAAGUAUAAUGGCUGAUACGGAGGGCAAUGUUGCUGCGGGCUGCUUGGAGAAGUUGAAAAGCUAUGUGAAGACCCGAAAAGGAACUAUUCUUUCUGCAGAAAUACUCAUCAGUUUUAUCAUUCUAAUCUGCUAUGCUGCAUCACAAUAUGGAGGCUACUCUGCCGUGGCCAUAUGUGAGAUGGUUUUUGCCAUCAUCUUCUUUGUCAUCUUCACGAUGGAUUUGGACAAGUCCAUCCUGGUGGUCAACUGGGUCUGGAGUGAUUUUAUACGUGCUGCGAUUGGUGCAGCCCUCUACCUCAUUACCUCUCUGAUCUGUGUGAUUCGUGGGUCAGGUGACGGCGCACUCAUUGCAGGAGGGGUGUUUGGCCUGCUGGCUGGGAUCCUGUUUGCCUACGAUGCCUACACCGUCUUCCUGGUCAUCAAGUCCGGCAGGCAACACACAGCAGCGCCCACUGAUGACAGAGUUUAGAUACUUAAAGCUAUACCCCAGCUUAGUCAAUGGAAGAGAAAUUAUGUUUGCGCAACAGGAGCCUGCAAAGAACGAAGAUAUGCAGCAGGUUGGAUGGACGUUUGAUGCUCAGAUGAACAGAUUUAUUGAAGAAAUUAACAGAUGUUUGGGUCAGAGGAGGGAAAAAUCUACAGUGCAUCUGUUGCAAAGCCAGAGGACCGAAUGUUACACUCCAGUGACAUCUGUAUGUUCAAAAGAAUAACAUCAAUUCCGGGGGGGAUUUCCUUGACAUCCGUUAAUCCAGUCUCGGUGUAAAAUCCUACCAUCCCAUCUUAAUUUGUUUGUCCAGUGACAAAGGGAAAGAUGUAAAUAUUAUGCAGCUUAAGGAUGUGUGAAGCUUUAGUUUGCAUACUAGUGUGUCAUUUGAUCUAAUUAACUAAUUUGGAAAAAGAGGUUGGCUGUUUGCAUCACAUCCACUAAAGGUUUGGUUUGUUUUGGAAUGGAAAUUGUGGCAUUACAUUCAAAGGGCGAAUGUACAGUUGUGGCUAAAAGUAUUGGCAUCCUUGCGCAAUAUCCUUCAUCAAAUAAUGUAUAUUGUUUCAAAACAAAUGUUUAAAAUUGA